UUGCUAAAAGAAUGUCUGCUCUCAACGACACCCAGUUCCAUCCUCUCUUCUUUCUCCUUCUAGGCAUACCAGGCCUAGAAACGGUACACGUCUGGAUCGCGUUUCCGUUUUGUAUUGUGUACCUGAUUGCCCUUUUGGGGAAUAUCACUAUCCUCUUUGUGAUCAAGACUGAACAGAGCCUCCACCAACCCAUGUUCUACUUUCUGGCCAUGCUGUCUAUAAUUGAUCUAGGUCUAUCCACAUCCACUAUCCCCAAAAUGCUGGGUAUCUUCUGGUUCAAGCUCCAAGAGAUAAGUUUUUGGGGAUGCCUUAUUCAGAUGUUCUUUAUCCACAUGUUUACAGGCAUGGAGACUGUCCUACUAGUGGUCAUGGCCUAUGACCGCUUUGUUGCCAUCUGCAACCCUCUCCAGUACACCAUGAUCCUCACCAAUAAGACCAUGCUUAUUUUAGGCUCUAUUGUUAUUGGAAGAAAUUUAGUUCUUGUGACCCCAUUUGUGUUUCUCAUUCUGCGACUCCCCUUCUGUGGACAUUACAUCAUCCCUCACACAUACUGUGAGCACAUGGGUCUUGCCCGACUGGCUUGUGCACCCAUCAAGAUCAACAUCAUCUAUGGGCUCAUGGUGAUUUCUAACAUUGUUGUGGAUGUGAUCUUGAUUGCCUCGUCCUAUGCACUCAUCCUCAGAGCUGUUUUCCGCCUCCCCUCUCAAGAUGCCCGACUAAAGGCUCUCAACACCUGUGGCUCCCAUGUUUGUGUCAUGCUGUGUUUCUAUACACCAGCAUUUUUUUCAUUUAUGACCCAUCGCUUUGGCCAUAACAUUCCUCGCUACAUCCAUAUCCUUCUGGCUAAUCUAUAUGUGGUUGUCCCACCUGCCCUUAACCCAGUCAUCUAUGGAGUCAGGACCAAGCAGAUCCGGGAACGAGUUGUAAAGAUAUUUGUACAGAAAGAAUAGAUUUAUAAAUAUUUAAAAAUAUUGCCACUUAAUAACCCAAAAUAUAAUAACAUGAGC